CGGCUCCGCUUCCGGCGGGGCGGUGCUGGGCAGGGCCGCGGCGCCAUCCGCCACCGGCAGCCCGGGCCGGGCCCGGCGCUCCCCGGCCUCGCCAUGCAGCGCUUCACGGUGAACAUCAAACUGCCCGCACGGACCCUGACCGGAGCCCUCAGCCCCCACAACAGAGGGGCGGCGGAUUGGGGCUGGCAAGGUUUAAUUGCAUAUGGGUGCCAUUCCCUUGUGCUGAUAAUUGAUGCCAACACUGCCCAGACUUUGCAGGUUUUGGAAAGGCACAAAGCUGGUGUUGUCAAGGUUAAAUGGGCUAAAGAAAAUUACCAUCACAAUCUUGGCUCUCCAUAUUCUUUACGCUUGGCUUCUGCUGAUGUUACUGGGAAGAUCAUUGUGUGGGAUGUGGCAACAGGAGCAGCUCGUUGUGAAAUACAAGAACAUGCAAAACCAAUCCAAGACAUGCAGUGGCUGUGGAAUCAAGAUGCUUCUAGAGAUUUACUGCUUGCAGUUCACCCACCCAAUUAUAUUGUGCUGUGGAAUGCAGACACAGGCACCAAACUUUGGAAGAAAAGUUAUGCUGAAAAUAUCCUGUCUUUUUCAUUUGACCCCUUUGAUCCAUCACACUUAGCUUUGCUCACCAGUGAAGGAAUAGUGUUCAUCUCUGACUUCUCUCCGUCCAAAGCUCCUGCCAGCUCAGGGAAGAAAGUUUACAUCACAAGUCCCCACUCCAGUCCUUCUCAUAACAAGCUGGCUGCUGCUACAGGGGCCAAAAAGGCUCUUGAUAAAGUAAAAAUCUUAAUCAGUAAUGAAAAACCAAGUGCUGAAUCUGUAACACUCAAUGACUGCCUUCAGUUGUCAUAUUUGCCUUCCAAAAGAAACUACAUGCUGUUACUGUAUCCCAGAGAAAUUCUGAUUCUUGACUUGGAAGUGAAUCAGACAGUGGGUGUGAUUGCAAUUGAAAGAACAGGUGUUCCUUUCAUACAGGUAAUUCCUUGUUUCCAGAGGGAUGGGUUGUUUUGUCUACAUGAAAAUGGUUGUGUCACUUUACGAGUUCGCAGAUCUAACUGCAGCAUAACUGGAACUCCAAAUGAAGAGCCAGAUCCAGAGCCAGUUCAGGAGCUGAUUUAUGAUUUAAGAAGUCAGUGUGAUGCCAUCAGGGUGACAAAAACAGUUCGACCCUUCAGCAUGGUGUGUUGCCCAGUCAAUGAGAAUUCUGCAGCCCUCGUAGUCAGUGAUGGCAGGAUAAUGAUCUGGGAAUUAAAAUCUAGUUUUUCUGGCAGAAAUGUGCGGAACAGCAGUUCAAAUGCAUCACCUUUGUAUUCCCCCAUCUCAUUCUGUGGAAUUCCAGUAGGAGCAUUCCAAAAUAAACUUCCAGACCUUUCCCUAGACAACAUGAUUGCAGGGCAAGGCACAAUUGCUGGAGAAGAACAGUUUAAAAGUUCUUUUUUGCAAGAAGUGCAUCUCAAGUUUUUGCUGACUGGGCUUCUUUCAGGACUUCCUCUGCCUCCUUUUGCCAUCCGUAUGUGCCCUCCUCUUACAACUAAAAACAUAAAACAAUAUGAGCCAAUCCUGGCUGUUGGUACAAGUAAUGGCUCUGUCCUGGUGUUUCAUCUGACAAGUGGUCUCUUACACAAAGAGUUAAGCAUCCAUUCCUGUGAAGUCAAGGGAAUUGAGUGGAUAAGCUUGACUGGGUUUAUUUCCUUUGCCACAUCAACACCCAACAAUCUGGGGCUGGUGAGGAAUGAGCUGCAGCUGGUGGAUCUACCUACAGGCAGGAGCAUUGCAUUUCGUGGGGAGCGAGGCAAUGAUGAGCCAGCUAUUGAAAUGAUCAAGGUGUCUCAUUUGAAGCAGUAUCUAGCUGUUGUAUUUAAAGACAAACCACUGGAGAUCUGGGAUGUCAGAACAUGCACUCUGCUCAGAGAAAUGUCCAAAAACUUCCCUACAGCAACUGCUUUGGAAUGGUCACCUUCUCAUAACCUAAAAAGCCUGAGGAAGAAGCAAUUAGCAGCCCGUGAGGCCAUGGCCCGACAGACAGUUGCAUCAGAUACUGAAGUCAGCAGUGUAGAGUCUUCUGUUAUCAGCUUGUUACAGGAAGCUGAGAGCAAAUCAGAGCUGAGCCAGAACAUUUCUGCCAGAGAGCACUUUGUGUUUACAGGUGCUGAUGGGCAGGUUUAUCAUCUCACAGUAGAAGGAAACACAGUCAAAGACAGUGCAAGAAUUCCACCUGACGGAAGUAUGGGUAGUAUUACAUGUAUUGCCUGGAAAGGGGAUAUCCUGGUUCUUGGAGAUGUUGAUGGAAACUUAAACUUCUGGGAUUUGAAAGCUAGAGUAUCCAGGGGGAUUCCCACACAUCGUAGCUGGGUGAAAAAGAUCCGGUUUGCCCCAGGGAAAGGAAACCAAAAGCUUCUUGCAAUGUACAAUGAUGGAGCAGAAAUUUGGGAUUCAAAAGAGGUACAAAUGGUGAGCAGUUUAAGAAGUGGAAGAAAUGUCAAUUUCCGAAUCCUGGAUGUGGACUGGUGCACCUCAGACAAAGUGGUUUUGGCAUCAGAUGAUGGGUGCAUCAGAGUUCUAGACUUGUCCAUGAAACCCUCGUGUUUUAGAAUGGAUGAGCAGGACUUAAUAGAACCUGUGUGGUGUCCCUAUCUGCUUGUUCCAAGGGCUUCAUUAGCUUUAAAAGCAUUCCUGUUGCAUCAGCCAUGGAAUGAGAAGUAUUCUCUGGAUAUUACAAGCAUUGAUUAUCCUGAGAACGAAAAUAUUAAAAACCUUCUUCAGGAGCAGUUGAAUUCAUUGUCCAAUGACAUAAAGAAACUUUUGCUUGAUCCAGAUUUUACUCUCUUGCAAAGAUGUCUCCUAGUUGCCAGACUCUAUGGGGAUGAAUCUGAACUGCAUUUCUGGACUAUUGCUGCCCACUAUUUGCACAGCUUAGCCCAGGAAAAGCCAGCAAAAGCACCAGACACAGCUAUCCUUCAAGAACAGCUGAUCAGUCCUUUGGAUAUAUGCUAUGAUUUACUGUGUGAAAAUUCUUACUUCCAGAAAUUCCAGCUUGAAAGGGUAAAUCUCCAGGAGGUGAAGAGAUCAACAUAUGAUCAUACCAGGAAAUGUGCUGAUCAGCUCCUUCUCUUGGGCCAGACUGACAGAGCAGUACAACUAUUGCUAGAAACAAGUUCAGAGAAUGCACAUUAUUACUGUGACUCACUCAAAGCUUGCUUGGUCACAACUGUCACCUCCUCAGGCCCCUCUCAAAGUACCAUCAAACUGGUAGCAACCAACAUGAUAGCCAGUGGAAAGCUUGCAGAGGGGGUGCAGUUGCUGUGUCUGAUUGAUAAGGCAGCUGAUGCCUGUCGCUACCUGCAGACUUACGGCGAAUGGAAUCGUGCAGCAUGGCUUGCAAAGGUCCGGUUGAACUCCGAGGAAUGUGCUGAUGUCCUGAAGCGCUGGGUAGAUCACCUCUGCUCUCCUCAAGUCAACCAGAAGUCCAAAGCCAUUCUUGUCCUCUUGUCACUUGGAUGCUUUACAAAAGUUGCAGAGAUGUUGCACAGUAUGAGGUACUUUGAUAGAGCAGCUUUAUUUGUUGAAGCUUGCCUGAAGUAUGGUGUGUUUGAAAUGAAUGAUGAUACAAAUAAAUUGAUCCAUGCUGUAUAUGCAGAUUAUGCCAGAAGCUUGAAGGUCCUGGGCUUUAAACAAGGAGCUGUUCUCUUUGCCUCAAAAGCAGGAGAAAGUGGUAAAGAGCUGCUUAUGGAGCUCAAACAGCCUAAAGAGGAAGAGACCCAGGACUAAGAACUUUGGUUUUGAGGAUCUUUGGGUUGUCUGUCAGUCUGAGAGUCCACUGUGUGAAAACACAUUUUUCUCUUGAAUCCCUGAAAUAGCUGCCUGUGAUUUGAGCAAAUAUUGUUAAAUGUGUGUGGAGGCAAGAUUGAGAACUGCUUUGUGUUUGUUAAAGAUGUCUCCAUUUUCACAAGAGGGGAGAGAAGCCUGUGAUAAAGUUAGACAUGAGGAUUUGCAACUUUUUCCACUCUAACAGAAGUCAAAUUUAGAAAUGUGCUGAAAGAGUUCUAUAUCUGUGUAAAAGUCUGCUCCAUUUACUUUUAAAAAUCAGAUCUUUAGAGUUCUUCACUGCUGUUGUAUUUAUAUGUAUAAAUGAUUGAAUCUGUACUAUAAAAAUAUAAAUAUAUUUAAAGAAUAAAUAUAGAUCACAAAACACCCAGCUCUUUCCUGGAACAUCAUGUUUUCUCAGUCCAGUUUUUCUGUUUAAAGUUACUGCUAUUUGAAAUCAGUAUUGUCAAUAAUGACUGGAUAUAUGUCAAUAAUAACUGUCUGGAAAGAAAUCUUUAACAGAUUAAUUUCCAAAAGCCUCCUAACAUUCCAAAAAUCCAUGAAAUGUCCUUUUUUUUUUUCAAUAAAGUGUUGUUAUAUUCUUUGUUACUCUGAAGUGUGCACUCCUUGCACACCUUAGGGACUAAAUUCUGCCUUGUGCUGACUGGUUCCUGGGAUCAAAGGAUGGGAGAAGAUCCUACCUCAAAAGCAGCAAGGUAGGCUCCUGCAGAGUAUUCAGGAGACUGAUAAUGCUGUCUCCACAGUUCCUGUUUUGUUUGUUACUUGGAAGUGUGAUUAACAAUAGGUAGGAAAAAGAUUGUGCAAAGCCAAAAUGUUGGCUUUUUAGAUACUUUUUAUGCUAACACAUACUCCAAAUACUUAAGGAUGCCACCAGUAACUUCUUCAGUGAUUUUUUUUUUUUUUUGUGCCAGUAUUUCAGUAUUUAAAUACUGUUUUCCUUCUUGUUCCUCGUGUCAGACAUAUCUUUUGUAUUCAUGGAUCUCUUUGGCUGAGAAAUUCCCCAGCUGAAGAGCAGAUGCUGCUGUUGCAUUGCCCUUGCAAACUGAAAACUGUGGCAUGUGGAAAUCAGUCUUGGCUAAAAAGCAGAAUUAUUCUGUUUACAGAGUUGCUGGAUCUACUGAAGUUUAGUACUCUGUAGUGAAAAGACUCAUCAUGUAAACUUUAAAUGUUAUUGAUAUUUUGUGUACUUGAGGUGAUUGUGCAUUGGGUUCUCCUUCUGUAAGAGUAUUUGUGAUACAUAAUCUACUCCCCUUCCUAGAGGACCACCAGCUUCAGGCCAUCUCUGACUCCAGAAACAUUUCCAUUCAAAUCUAAGGUAGCAUUUCUGUUCCAAUUUGAAAGGUUGGGCUUUUCAAUAAUGAUGUUUUUUUAAUACAAACUGAAAAUAUGAGUGGUGUUGCUCGAAGUGAAUGUAAAUGGUUUCACUGCAAGGUCUCUUUAUUUCUUCUCCCCACAUCUUACAUAGACUGUAAAAUACUUUCUGUCCAGUGUAUUAUAAAUAAUUCUUCUGUGUUGUAGUUUGGGAAAGGAAGUGUACAGUGAAAUUUGCCUUAAGCUUGAACUGGUGAACAACUGAGUUGAGUAAAAUGAACUCUUGUUACCAGUGGGAUGAGUUCUGGCUCACAUCAACUGCUACAACACUCCUCAGUUCCUACUCGUGGUUAUGGUUCCAUGGAUGAGGUUACUCCAGAGUUCCUAUGAGCACAUGCAACUUGUUCUUUGACAGAUUACACAGAAUUGCUUUGCCAGCACAUCUCUGGAAG